AUGGACGAUAGACGAGAUAAUCGCGUGGUUAUAACGAUAUUGUUUUUAUGUUUACUGUGGUAUGCGGUAUCCAGCAGCAGCAAUGUCGUCGACAAAAUGCUGCUAUCAAAAUUUCCAUAUCCAUUGACGGUAACCAUGGUUCAAUUAACCUCGAUCACCGUGUAUUCCGGUCUGUUUUUCAAUUUGUGGGGUGUAAGGAAAUAUUCAUCUAACAUAACAUGGAGCUACUAUUUGCGGCUUAUCAUACCUCUGGCUCUGGGCAAGUUUCUCGCAACAGUUUUCAGCCACGUCAGCAUUUGGAAAGUACCCGUCUCUUAUGCUCAUACUGUGAAGGCUACAAUGCCUCUUUUUACGGUGGCUCUGUCAAGAAUAAUACUUCGGGAGCAGCAAACAUGGAAGGUAUACUUGAGCCUUGUACCGAUAGUUGGCGGCGUAGCUGUAGCGACACUAACAGAACUUAGUUUCAACAUGAUUGGCUUGAUAAGCGCCUUAGCGUCCACUAUGGCGUUUUCCUUGCAAAAUAUUUAUUCAAAAAAGGUGUUACAUGACACUGGCGUACAUCACUUGCGGCUGCUGCACAUACUUGGUCGUCUAGCUCUAUUUAUGUUUUCACCAAUUUGGAUUGUGUAUGAUUUAUAUAAUUUGAUGUACGAACCGAUGUUAAAACCGUCCGUAGAUUUAAGCUAUUAUGUAUUAGGACUAUUAUUUCUAGAUGGUAUACUUAAUUGGUUUCAAAAUAUUAUUGCAUUUUCCGUGCUAUCUAUUGUGACGCCUCUGACAUAUGCGGUAGCGAGUGCUAGCAAACGUAUAUUUGUAAUAGGAGUGACAUUAUUCGUACUUGGCAACCCAGUUACAUGGGUUAACAUAUUUGGUAUGACUAUGGCCAUAUUAGGAGUAUUAUGUUACAAUAAGGCUAAGUAUGAUCAAAGAAUAGAGAAACAAAAGAAGACAAUUCUUCCGAAUUAUUAUGAAACAAUUCAAAAUGGUAAUAGCAGUUCCUUCUUGGUUAAUGGAUUUGCCAGCAAAUAUCAAUCAUUUGCAGUCUAGUCUCAAUUGAUAAUUUUAUUUUAAUAAGUUCAUAUAAGUAUAUCAGAAAAAAGUCUAAUCCUUUUUUCUGUAAGUGUAAAUUAAUUUUUAUAAAUUAUUACGCAUUAUUAUAAAUUAUUACAAUUAUAGUAGAAGAAAUUUUUAUUCUCUUCCAUGAUUACAAUGUUCAAAUAUAAUCGAUCAAAUUCAAAAAAGAAACUCAUAAUAAAUUACUUCUAAUAUACACACACGCGCGCACGCACGCGCGCACACACACACACACACACACACACACACAAAAUGUUUUAAAAGACGCACUAAAUUAUCUCUUGAAUAUGUAUUUUAGGGAAAAAUGUUUCAGGCAAAAGUUGUACAGUUUGAAGAGGGACACAAGAUGAUGCUAUUGACCUCGGAAAGUUGUUUGAAGGUCAUCAAUUUCUUAAAUGGAAUUCCAAUAUAUUUCAUUGAAUAUUCUAGUAGCUUGUCUCUAGAACACCGUUUCCAAAACACAACAAUGAAAUAUUUUUCAUUAAGUACUUUUUAAGUUUAAGGUUUCAAAGGUACAAUACCGCCGGCAUUAACAUUAUCCAAGGUAUCCAACCGUCGGUUAAAACUUCUUGAAUGUUUUCAUUCAGGAUCAUAACUUGGAUAACAUUUGUCAAGAUCAAAGCCACUACAAGUUGUACUUUUUAUUUCAAUUUUUACGUGGAAAUGUAAUUUUUAAUGCAAAAAUGAAAAUAUGAGGAACAAUCUCCAAUGAUCUUGAUCUUGAUAAAUGUCCACAUCAUGAUUCUAAACAACAUUUAAGAGGUUUUAGCUGUCGGUUGGGCACCUUGGGUAAUGCCACGAGAUAGUGAAGACCGUCAAUCCUGGACAAAUUUUCGGCGGUAUAAAAAGGGCCUUAAGGGCUCGGAGAUAAUUGAAGAACACUGAUAUUAUCGACAAUUGAUAUAAUUUGCUAUUAUUAAUGGCGAUUUCGACUGGAAUGCAUUAGUGUGCACUGGUGCAUAUAAAGAUCGUUGUAUAAUGAAUAGCGAUUUCGGCUGGGAUGCACUAGUACACAUGAAACUGUUAUACACAAUUGCCG